AUGGUAGUCCGAAAAAUAAGUCAUCCCUUCUUUUUUUUCAGGGAAUAUAUACCAUGCUACUACUAUACAUUAAUACUCCUUAUUUUUGUUGUACAGUGUUCACUCGAAAUAUCAUUAAAAAGAAGCAAUCAUGUUUUAAUUGAAAAGAAUAAUUACUGGUAUACGAAUAACAAAAAUAGUUCGUUUCUUUGUAAAGGUAGAUCAGGUCAAACACUUUUAAGACCAAGAAGAAACAGAAACACGUUAGCAUCAAUCGGUUCAUCGAUUAGUAAAAGUUUAGCUAAUGAAAAGAGAAACAAAGUUGAUGCAGAUAAGAAGUUUGUUCCAGGAAGCAGUGCUUUCAAUGGUAGCAAGGACUUUAACAAUGCUAAUGGAAACCAUAGCAACCAUAGCGAUAAGCCGUAUAACUCCAAUAAUGAAAAGUCGCGUGGAAACAAUAUUGCGUAUUGUGAGAAAAGAGGAGGUAUUUCUGAAGAGGAAAACCAAGGAGCUAAACUUAUUUCGAAAGAGAGGAUGAGGAAUACCCUCCGAUCUGGACAUUCAAGCGAAGUUUCUUCUGAUGUGAAAUGCAUGAAUGUGCGUAGCUGCAAUGCAGAUUCGAAACGUGGAGUAAGUGCUAACGAUAUUAGCAAUGCUAGCAAUGUCGACCGUAGUUAUCAUGGUAGCCGUGACGACAAUCGUGUUGGGAGAAAGGGAGUUGUCUGGAGCAACAUCCUCAAUACUCUUAUAGGUAAAUUUUGGACCCCUCAAGAAAAAAAAAAAAAUUUUUUGAAGAGCGAUAAGACUAAAGAGAUACACACUGGAAAGGACAUCGAAGUUAUGCAAGACAGAAAAGGUAAUAAUCAUAAUGAUAACUAUAGUGAUAACUGUAGUGAUAACUAUAGUGAUAAUUGUAGUGAUAACUGUAGUGAUAACCAUAGUGAUAACUGUAGUGAUAACCAUAGUGAUAACCAUAGUGAUAACCAUAAUGAUGCUGAUAAUGGAAAUGACUGGGGAAAGAAGUGGGAUAGAAAUGGCGAAGGGGAGAGUCAAAACGAGAGAAGAAAAGAGAAGGAAAAUAAAAACAAUGAAAGUGAUAAGGAAACGAAUUUCCUGUUGAAAGCAUUAGAUAGUGGUAAAUUUCCAUCGUACUGCCUUGUUGGAAAUAUAGAUGAGAAUGCGGAUAAUUUUGAAAUAUAUAUGAGUAAAGAAAAAAUGGAUGAAUUAAAUAUAAGUGAUGGAUUUACAGUAUUAUUAAAAGGAAAGAAAAAGAAAGAGAUGUUAGGAAUAGCUAAAGUAGACAAAAAUUUAAAAAAACAUUAUGUUGUAAUAUCUUUUGCAAUGAAAAAGAAUUUAAGACUAAUGCAUAAUGAUAUAAUAAAAAUACAUCCAUUUUUGAAUGUAAAGAAAAUAAGAAAUGUUGUUAUAAGUCCAUUCAGUGAUACUGUAGGAAAUUUGAAUAAAAGUGAGAUACAGAAAGAUGUUCUUAAUGCUUAUUUAAAAAAUAGUUACAAGCCAUUGAAUGUAAAUUCAAAUAUAUAUAUUAAUUAUAAAAAUAAAAAAAUAGAAUUUAAGAUACUAAAAAUUAUAACAGAAGAGAGUGAUAAUAAUAAUGAGGUAUAUGGAUGUAUGAGUGAAAACUCGGAAAUUACUUUAUCAGAGGAAUAUUUAAAUAGAGAAGACUAUGAAGAACAUAAUGAUGAUAUUACAUAUGAAGAUUUAGGUGGUAUGAAGAAACAAUUAAAUAAAAUUAGAGAAUUAAUAGAACUACCUUUAAAAUACCCAGAAAUUUUUAUGAGUAUUGGUAUAUCAGCACCAAAGGGGGUACUAAUGCAUGGAAUACCAGGUACAGGAAAAACAUCCAUUGCUAAGGCUAUUGCUAAUGAAAGUAAUGCAUACUGUUAUAUUAUAAAUGGUCCAGAGAUAAUGUCUAAACAUAUUGGGGAGUCAGAACAAAAAUUAAGAAAAAUUUUUAAAAAAGCUAGCGAAAAAACACCAUGUAUUAUCUUUAUUGAUGAAAUUGAUUCCAUUGCUAAUAAAAGAAGUAAAAGUAACAUUGAAUUAGAAAAAAGAGUUGUAUCCCAGUUACUAACUCUUAUGGAUGGAUUAAAAAAAAAUAAUAAUGUUCUAGUUCUUGCUGCUACUAAUAGACCUAAUGCUAUUGAUCCUGCUUUAAGACGAUUUGGAAGAUUUGAUAGAGAAAUUGAAAUUCCAGUUCCAGAUGAACAAGGAAGAUACGAAAUUUUAUUAACUAAAACUAAAAAGAUGAAACUAGACCCUGAUGUAAAUUUAAGAAAAAUUGCAAAAGAAUGCCAUGGAUAUGUCGGUGCAGAUCUUGCUCAACUAUGUUUCGAAGCAGCCAUCCAGUGUAUAAAGGAGCAUGUACAUUUCCUAGAUUUAGAUGAAGAAGAUUUUAUUGAAUUUAUGAAAAUAAGUAUUGAUCCUAAAAAAGCUGGAGAUGAAGAGGCUUCUAAUAUCUCAUCAGAUGCCUCACAACAUAAAGAAGGUUCGAACAAUCAAUUAAAAAAUUUUUUUAGAUUCUAUGGAAAAGGUAGAGGGAAGUUAGAUCUGAAGGAUGGGAAGGAUAGAAGCGACAGCACUAGUGGAAGAAGCGAUAACGUGGGGAGUAGAAGCGAUAACGUGGGGAGUAGAAGCGGUAACGUGGGGAGUAGAAGCGAUAACUUGAGCGGAGUAGCUGAUCGUGUUGGCGGUGAAAAACUGGACAGACGGACGAAGAAGAUUCCGUCAUAUAUCUUAAACAAACUGACCAUCAAAGCAAAGCAUUUCCAGCAUGCUCUAAACAUAUGUAACCCAAGCUCGUUAAGAGAAAGACAAGUACAAAUACCAACAGUUACAUGGAAUGACAUUGGAGGUAUGCAUGAAGUCAAAGAACAACUAAAGGAAACUAUUUUAUACCCUUUAGAAUACAAACACUUAUAUAAUAAAUUUAAUUCAAAUUAUAAUAAAGGAAUAUUAUUGUAUGGCCCUCCUGGGUGUGGUAAGACACUAUUAGCUAAGGCCAUUGCAAAUGAAUGUAAUGCUAAUUUUAUAUCUGUAAAAGGACCAGAAUUAUUAACUAUGUGGUUUGGUGAGUCUGAAGCGAAUGUAAGAGAUUUAUUUGAUAAAGCUCGUGCAGCAUCACCUUGCAUUAUUUUUUUUGAUGAAAUAGAUUCAUUAGCAAAAGAAAGGAAUAGUAAUAAUAAUAAUGAUGCAAGUGAUAGAGUAAUUAAUCAAAUACUGACCGAAAUUGACGGUAUAAAUGAAAAGAAAACAAUAUUUAUUAUUGCAGCUACAAAUCGACCUGAUAUUUUAGAUAGAGCAUUAACAAGACCAGGGAGAUUAGACAAGUUGAUAUAUAUAUCCUUACCAGAUUUUAGAAGUAGAUGUAGUAUAUUCAAAGCCAUUCUUAAAAACACACCUUUAAAUAAAGAUGUAGACAUACAGGAUAUGGCAAAAAGAACGGAAGGAUUUUCAGGUGCGGAUAUUACAAACUUAUGUCAGAGCGCAGUCAAUGAAGCUAUUAAAGAAACUAUUCAUUUACUUAAUAUUAGAAAAAAAGAACAAAAAAAAAAAACCAACCAUAUAGAAGUGGAUCCUGCAUAUGAUCCGGUGCCUACGCUUUCGAAAAAGCAUUUCGAUUUGGCUUUUAAAAAUGCGCGAAUAUCUAUUCAACCUGAGGAUGUGUUAAAGUAUGAGAAGUUUAAGGAGAAGCUUUCUUUGCAAAAUUUUUCGUAG